UACCCAUCGGUCACUCGCACAUGCUCAUGAAUUUCGUCCGCGCGGUCGCUGCUGUCCAGAGAGAAUACAAAAUUAGUGAUAACGUACAUAGCUGACCAAGGAAGUGUUUCAUACGCUCAGCCGGCCGUGGCGCCGAUAAGAAGGUUCGCCCCAGUUACUCUCCGACUUUGCAACGAAACAGGCGUGAUCGUACCGUGUCGUUACUUUCACCCGUGACAUUCACGAGCUGCUUUCAUGAGCAACAGUGACCUAUUUCACUUUCCGUUUUCCGUCCGGUGCGUUCAAGGCCACAUUCUAGAGACGGUUGGAUGACCUCGGGGUACUAAAACGCGGAUGAAGUAUCUCUCGUGGGUGGGUGAAGGUGAAAUCAAACCGUGAGUCAGUGACGUAAUUUAAACGUACGCUAGUAAUCGUCUGCGUUGUUCCAAAGUCCUAUAAGCCGCCAGUCGUCGUCGUCGUCGUCGUCGUUGUGUUGUAUUUUCAUAACGCUCCAUAAACACGUGCGUUGUGCUGUGUUGGUGGAAUUUCGUAUAGACUGUAUACGGACACGAACAGCAUCAGUUGGUAAUGUUUACAGUCUCGAAGCUGAUAUAGUCGAAUCGGAACAGUUUAUUUACUGAAUCGUUUAAUAACAACAUUGCCAAAAUCACGCGAACCGAAUUGACACCAUUCAUGUGAUAAUUUGCAACCAAACAACAUGACGUCGUGAAGUAGUUUUAAACGUGAUAGCCGAGAGCAUUUUUGUGCCCUGUCUCGUAUUUUGCGUCCAAAAAUAAGAUAAUAAGGUGCUAAGUUAGAGUUCUACUCGUCAUCAUCAUCGACAAUUGCCAUACGCCAGACUGAGUCAUGGAGCGGAUACUGCGAGGUGUGAUGCGAUACCGGAACACCACCCGGGAGCAGAUGGUAAAGGAAUUCAAACAAGUGCGAGACAAUCCACAGCCAAAAGCGGUAUUCUUCACCUGCAUGGACAGUCGAAUGAUCCCAACCCGCUACACCGAUACCCACGUGGGCGACAUGUUUGUGAUACGUAACGCCGGCAAUCUGGUGCCACAUGCUGAGCACUUCCAGGAUGAGUACUUCAGCUGUGAACCAGCAGGGUUGGAGCUAGGUUGCGUUGUGAACAACAUCAAACACAUCAUCGUAUGUGGCCACAGCGACUGCAAGGCCAUGAAUCUGCUGUACCAGCUGAGGGAUCCGGAAUUUUCCUCUAGGAAAAACCGUCGGAUAUCGCCACUCCGGGCGUGGCUUUGCGAGCAUGCCAGCACCAGUUUGCAAAAAUUCCAAAACCUUCGACAGGUCGGCCUGGACAAACCACUGAUUUUCUCAUCGGAAACUCCAUUGCGGAAGUUUGUGGCUUACAUCGAUCCGGAAAACCAGUUUGCCCUGGAGGACAAACUGUCCCAAGUAAACACACUGCAGCAGAUCGAGAAUGUGGCUUCGUACGGGUUUCUGAAGAAGCGGCUGGAGUCACACGAUCUGCACAUCCACGCUCUGUGGUUCGACAUUUAUACGGGUGACAUUUACUACUUUAGCCGUAACUCGAAGAGAUUCAUUCCCAUUGAUGAAACGUCCAUCGACCAGUUGCUGGAUGAAGUGCGGCGGUACUAUUCCUAAGGUUAGGGGAUAUGCGACAUUGUGCUGUUGAGAGAAUCGAAUGGAUAUUGGUUGUUGUAGUAAUCGUGUGAUUUUAUAUGUACUUUUUAUAGAUUAGGUAUAGAUGAAGUGCCUAGAUUGUAAUAAACGUGGUUUAUGUGAUGAUGUUCUUGUCAUGUUUCAUAUGAUGCUGGUCAAGAAUGUUUACAUCAAUAUCAUGAAGAAUUUAUUUUGGAGCAUUUGUAUAUUUUUACACAUUUUUGUUAUAAUAUAGCUUU